AUGCCGAAAAGAAAACAAGUAUUUAAUAAUCGAGGAGAUAAUGAAUUAUUCAGAGAUGAAUGGGAAGAUGUUGUAUUGGCACCAAAAAUUGAUCUCUUACAACACGUUGGAAUUAAUCUUGGAGACUUACCAAAGAAAGUUUACGACUUUAUUAAAAUAAGACCAGAAGAUUUGGAAUUAUUUAGUGAAGAGAAUGGAAGAACUUAUCUUCCAUUUCCUCGUGAUCCAACAUCAAUAGUCUUUUCUGAUAAAGAUUCAUCAUUUCAGGUUCCUCAAUGUGAAUCAUAUCCAAUUCGUGACAAAUUAAAUGAGAAAUUUGGUUACAUAUUAAAUUUUGGUGGUUCGGUUUGGGCAUUAGAAUGGUGUCCAAACAUAAGUUCACCGGGUGAACAAUAUUUAGCUAUUGGAGGUUACAAAUCCAGUGUUGAUGAACAUCAUCCAAUUGGACGAAAGCAAAAAACAGAUUUAAAUCAGGCAAUACAAAUAUGGAAAAUAAAUUGUUCAAUUGAUAAUUUUGCGAUGGAAGAAGAGGAGAAUCAAACUUUUAUUAAUAAACCAAAAUUAGAUAUGGUUAUUUGUCAUGAAUAUGGAUGUGUUUUUGAUAUGCAAUGGUGUCCAUAUGGAAUUCUAGCUGUGAGUUUUGGAAAUGGAACAAUUGGAAUAUUUUCUAUUCCUAAACCUGAUUCUAUUAGAAAAUAUUUUGGAGAACCACUUGAUUCAAUGAAACCUAUUUAUGAACUUUCUUUACCUCAGACAAUGUGUUGGACAGUUAGUUGGGGAGGUCAUUAUAAAAUUUCUACUGGAUGUACAAAUGGAGAUAUUGCGACAUGGAAUAUUUUUGAUAUAUUAAAACAAAAAUAUGUUAAUAAUGUUUUUGAUGAUCCGGAAGUGACCUAUCCAAUAAAUUAUAUGCGAGCUCAUGAUUCAUGUAUACGACAAAUUGUAUGGAAUUCACCGACCAGCCCUAGUCAUACAUUAAGUUGUGGACAUGAUGGUCGAUUACAGAUUAUCGAAGAUCGGGAUCCGAUGUUUAAAAAUAUGUUUCAAAGGAUUAGGGAUUUUAUGUCUACGGUUUGUUGGCCAUGUCAUUAUGGAGGCAUAGUAUAUGCGGAUUCUGAUAAUACGGUACGAUAUAUAAGAAUGGAUGAUUUAAGGAAAACUACAGGAUUAAUUAUGCAUCAUGCGAAUGUUUGGGCACCAGUGACAUGGUAUCGUAUAGGAUUUAAAGAAGAUGAAGUUACAGUUCGAUAUUAUCACAAUAUUAAAUCAAAGGAAACUACCGGAACAUAUCACAAUGCUGAAUCUUUUACUUCGGGUGGUACUUUAGGAUUAGUUAGAGUAGAUUCUGUUCAUCGAAAAUAG